AUGGCAUUAUUCUGGAUAGCAUUCUUGGUAUUCCUGCCGCUGAUUCGAUCCCAGCAAGCCUAUUGCUGGGAUGCGUGUACCUACAAUUGUCCGAAUCGAGGCCCCAGGUAAGUUUCGGCGCUUUUGAUGACUUUGUUUUAGGUUAUGUCCGAACGAAGGCAUCAUGACUUAUUACGACUGUUGCCCGGAGGGGUGUUGUGAGUAUGUGAAAUGGCCCAAUCUGUAAGUUGAAUUCCAAAUUACGGCCAUUUGCAUUGUGGCUCGUUGUUUUCUCAUCUUUUUUAUGUGCUUCCAGAAUCUUCCUCAUCUUCAUCAUCCUAGCCCUUCUCUGUGGCUGUGGAUGUUGUUGUUUCUUCUUGGUAACUGAUGCCCAAAAGAGGUACAAGGACGGAGACCAUAGCAAACGAAGCCGUCGAUGGAACAAAAGUCAGCGAAGAAGAGGGCCGCAGGAAUUGGACGUGUCCACCAUCGAGAGUAAUCAGAGCAGAUCACCAAAGAUGGCGCCACCACCGCCUCCGCGAUAUUACGAACAUCGCCGAUCAACUGUCGUAUGA